AUGAAGUUUCCACAUCCAUGGUUCCAAGCAUACGAUGGAUACGGUCCUCUUCCUUUGUUGUCAGCUGAAUGGGAUAUCAUUGAGAUUUCCAAGGCUAUCAGAUCUAAACCUGAAUGGAAAUCUAAAUACAAGAAUGAUGAAAUCACAGCCAAAUGGGAAUCUGAGUUAUGUAGUCAAUCAAAACGUAAGGAAAUCAAAGAAUUGUUCAACUAUGUCUUGCAAGAAUUGGAUUGGUAUGUUGAAAUGGAAAAUUCAAUACCUGGCUAUACCAUUGAGUGUGAUGACAAGAUUGUCACCAGUGAUACUGUGAUACCAAAGGAGAUUAAGGGGCAGUUGGUGAAGGAAGUCAAGAGUUUUGCUUCUUCUCUUAAAGAAAAGGACUACCAUCCAGGGUCUAACAAUCAAGUCUUGGAUUUGGUCCAUCCUUCUUUAUAUCCAUACCAAUAUGGAAAAACUCCAACUAGAACAGAUAAUGGUAUAGAAUUAGUUCCAUACUCAGAUGAGAUCAAAAACGUUAAACCCGGUGUUUCGCAAUAUUUUGUAUCGAAGAAGUACCAAUGGCUCCCUAGUUUAUUGGUAUUAGACGGAGAUAAGUAUUCAAUCAAGUCUUAUAUCAAUAAUCUAGUCCCCGAUUUUAAGUAUAAAGAAUUGUACACUACAAUUGAAACAAUCUUCAAUUUGAGUUUAGAAGGUUUACUGCAUGUUCUUGCUCGUACAGUCUCAGAACAAGUUGUCAGAAUACCCACUCUCAAGUACGACGAGGGCUACACAGAUGAAUUCAACGAAAGGCUCAAAGAUGCUUGGAGAAAUUUGACCAAAAUGGAAGAUGCUGAAUGGACAAAAAUGUUCGAAGAGAUUGAACAAUCCAAGGUUGAUAAUAUCAAACCGUUGAGCAUCGAAUAUAGAAAACCAGAAACUUCGAAAUUUGACUUAAAAGAAUUCCAAGAACUCAAGGUUAUCGUAAAAUUGGCUGAUAUUGAAUUGACACCUGAAAACCCUAAAUAUAAGGGUGGCUCAUGGCAUGUGGAAGGUACCAUUAACGAGGAUAUUGUGGCAACUAUCUUAUAUUACUAUGAUAGUGAAAAUAUCAGUGAAUCUAAAUUAUCCUUUCGUACAACUUUCGAAGAACCUGAGUAUGAACAGGGUGAUGACUUCUUCUGUGAACAUUUCUAUGGUUUGAAAGAUGAGAGCCCUUUAUGUAGGAAUUUGGGAUCAGUAGAAUGUAAGGAAGACAGAUUACUUAUCUUUCCAAAUGUUUUUCAACAUCAUGUUGAUCCCUUUGAGUUGGUGGAUAAAUCUAAAAGAGGACAUCGUAAAAUUUUAUGCAUGUUUUUGGUGGAUCCUAACAACAACUUGGUAGUCACCACGGAAAAAGUACCAGUCCAACAGCCCGAAUGGCAGGAGUUAAAUGAUGAAGUAAUUAUAAAAAAAAUAACCGACUUGAACCUCGAUUCUGAUUGGCCCCCCACACUUGAGGAAAUGAAACGUGUCAGAGAAGAUUUGAUGAAAGAACGGUCGGCCAACCCCAAUGCUUAUGAUGACGAAGUCAUCCCUUUUGAGCGAUUAUUUUCCCUUUGUGAACAUUAA